GUGAGGGAGCGCCCUGUGGCUUUGGAGGCUGAGCUGGCCCUGACGCUGAAGGUUCUGGAGGCUGCCGCAGACGCUGACUCGGCCCUGGUGGAUGUCUUGGACCAGCCCCUUCACACCCUGCACCACAUCCUAGCCCAGCUCCGGGCCUGUAUCCAGCCUCAGCCUACGGCAGGGCCCAGGCCCUGGGGCCGCCUCCACCACUGGCUACACCGGCUCCAGGAGGCCCCAAAAAAGGAGUCCCCUGGCUGCCUCGAGGCCUCUGUCACCUUCAACCUCUUCCGCCUCCUCACGCGGGACCUGAAAUGUGUCGCCAGCGGGGACCUGUGUGUUUGACUCUCCCACCAGUCAUGCAAUCUGAGAUUUUAUUUAUCAAUUAACCGCUUGUCUUAAUUUAUUGCCACCCAAUCGCUAUUUAUGUAUUUGUGUGUGUAAACCCAAGUCACCUCCAGGAAAAUGUUUAUUUUUCUACUUUUUAUAACCUUUGUUGAAAUAAACAAUGAGGAAAAGACACCCAUGACGUGGGACUGUGUGUGUGUGUGUUGGUGUGUAUUUCCU